AUGAAUAUUCAUCUCACCCUUUUACUUUCUCUGGUUUUUGUAUUUGUCAAUCAUUCUGAUUGUUUAGCUCAAUGUUUAUAUCCACAACAAAUAAUAGGUGAAUAUUAUUCAACAGAAAGUGGUUUCGAAACAUUUACAACAUUUAUUGACAAUGGUGAUUUGGAACGGAAAAUGUAUCGUCGAGAGUCGGGCGCUGGUGCAUCAAAAAAAUCAGGUCCAAUAUUAGAAAGUUAUGAUUUAGGUGAAUGUCAUCACAUUAAUUAUAAAUCAUCACCUACACAACAUCCAUCAAAAGCAUAUUAUCAAUUAAUCUAUAAAGACAAAAAAAAGUCUUGUUAUCAAUGUUAUCAACUCUUUAAUCGUACAAGAAAUAUUUUACAAAUAAGAAAAAGUUCGUGUGAUGAAAUAACAUCGUUACUAACAAAUCAAAUGAAUUUUGAUGAUUUAUGUAGAAAUAUUAAUGAUCAAGCAGAAUUUACAACAUUAUUUUUGCGUAAAUAUGUGGCUGACGAAUGUCGCCAAACUAUCUAUGGUACCUAUCAUUUUACAUAUGAAUUUCGUGAAGGUGGUAUUGGUAUUUGUGAUCAUGUUCAGUCUCGUCUUACAUCUUGUCCAGAUCCUGGCACACCGUUUGAAGCGGUUAAUGAACGGUUUUGGAUGACAUACGGCUACUGUAAACAUAUCACAAGUUCCUUUGAUGCUAAUCAAUUGUUUCAAUGUUUGGGAAGUUGGACAACAGAAGAUGGCAAUAUAUUUACGGCUAUAGCUAAUGAAAGAGUUGGAUCAGAAACAUUGUACAAUAAAUUUCGUUGUAUGUUGACAAGACAAGAUCAACCACAAUGGUUUGUUAAAUCACAAUUUGCUGAAUGUUCACGUUUGUACAGCCCUACGGAUGGUCCGGAAAAAAUUAUUAUUACACCAACAGUACCAGAAGAAGCUACACCAAAAUGUUUUUUUCCGGGAAACUUUACGGGUGAAUGGAUUAAUACAGCGAAUAUAAAUUCACGAGUAAUUAUUAAUUCAACACAUAUUCAUGAAAUAGCUAAAGUAAAUAAUCGUGGUUGGUUAAAAGAAACUUAUUAUGUUUGUCAACAGACGAGUCGUAGUCAAUUUUUGGUUAAAGCUGUUACAAAAGGAGAAUGUUUCUCCUAUUAUAUUUGUUUUGAUUUCAAAGAUCGCCAUCAUAACAUAUUAAGAUAUCGAAAGAGUAAAUCAUUUAUGACCGAUAUUUAUCGUGAAUUUUCAAAACGUGAUCCAUUCUUCGAAGUAUGUGCAUGGACAAGUUUUGGAAAUGAUGCUAAUUGGAAAUAUCAAGUGUUUGUACUCGAUCCACCAGCACCUAUCGAGUGUCCAUUUACAGGCAUGUGGACAUUUAAACAGAUUGGCCAAGAAAAUAGUUUGAUUAAAACUCGUAUUCGAGGUGGCAUAACUCCUCGUCCUCGUGAUCAUGGCUGGUACAUUACAUGUGAUCCAAAAUUCAUGGUAUCUCAGUGGACCGUUUGUGGUGAUCAAACGAAGAGUAUGUUUGUUGAUCGUGAAUAUUGUCGACAAUUAGAUCCUUAUGGAACACCAAUUGGUGUAUAUGAAAUGCCCGACUAUAUCUAUCAAUGUGCUGGUUAUUGGCGUGAAGAUAGUCGUUCAAUUUUGAUCACUUAUGAUCGUGAUGAUCCUUAUAUCAAUUAUAAAUGUUGGGUUUAUGAACGAAUAAAUUUAGAUGAACUGACAUUGUCUCGUUCAAGUGGAUCAGCCUGUGGAGCCAAACAAACAUCAACAAGUUAUCGACCAGAAGAUGGAGCUGAUUUAAAUAUUCUAUUGAAAGAAUCAGAAAGAAUACAUGAUGAUUGUCCAAUUCGUUAUGACGAUGGUCGUAAUAUAUUUUUAGAUUUAGAAGAGUUUAAUUUUUAUUAUGCGGCUGGUCCUCAAACAUUUAAGUUAUCGUCAUUUGUGUUAACAUUUUCAUCGUUAAUAUUUUUAGCAUUUUUGUAA